AUGGGUGAGGAAGGAACGAUCAAGAUAGCGAUGUUAGGCGACAGUGAAGUGGGUAAGACCUCUUUGAUGGUGAAAUACGUAGAGGGCAAAUUUAACGAGGACUACAUCAUGACUUUGGGUAUCGCGUUUAUGGAAAAGAAGAUCAACCUCCGAGGUCACGAAAUCACUUUUUCGAUCGGCGAUUUGGGUGGACAGCGCGAGUACUUAACAAUGUUACCCAACGUGUUAGAUGGUGCUCAUAUUGUACUUCUAUUCUUCGACUUGACUCGUUCAGUCUCUCUGAACAACGUGAAGUAUUGGUACAAAAACACUCGUCAGUACAACCCAACGGCUUCAAUCAUAUUGGUCGGGACUAAAUAUGAUCUCUUUGUUGAUCUUGAUGAGGCCGAGAGAAAUAAAAUAGUCGAAACGGCACUUAAAUUCGCCAAUUUAAUGAAGUCGGCUUGUGUCUUUUGCUCAGCCUUGUUGGGUAUUAAUGUCGACACCAUCUUCAAAAUUUCACUCUCAAAGGCUUACGGCCUUAAACUCAAUAUUCAACAAGCAGAGACUGGCGCAGUCGUAGUGUUUUAA